AUGAAACUCUGGAUUCUUUUUCUGGCUGUUGCAGUCAGCACAGAAGAAAUGCCAAGGCCAGACAUCUGUGUGGAAAGAUUUCCUGGAAUUCCUGGGAGCCCUGGACACAAUGGCUUACCAGGACGAGAUGGACGAGACGGAACAAAGGGCGAAAAAGGAGACACAGGUGACCCAGGAAAUCCAGGAAAGUCAGGCCGAGAUGGCAUCAAUGGAAAUAAGGGAGAACAAGGGGCUGACGGCAGAGUUGAAGAAAAAGGGAACAAAGGUGAUAAAGGAGAGCGAGGCUGGCCUGGGAAAUUUGGGCCAAAAGGAAUUCCUGGACCGGUAGGGGACAAAGGUCAUCAGGGGGAGCUAGGACCACAAGGAAGGAAAGGGAUAAAAGGGGACCUUGGGCCAAUUGGCCCCAAAGGAAAUAAAGGUGAAAUUGGAAUUCAAGGUGAAAUAGGAUUAAGGGGACCUGUGGGUCCAAAAGGCUACGUGGGUCCUAAAGGAGAGAUAGGAGGCCCCGGACCAAAAGGCAGUAAAGGCAAUCAGGGAGAAAGGGGUUGGAAGGGAGAACGGGGAGAAAAAGGAAAUCUUGGCAGUACCCCAGUUAUUGGCAAAAGUGCUUUCAGCGUAGGCCUCACCGCUAAAUUUCCUCCACUCAAUGUUCCCAUCAGAUUUGAUAAAGUCUUAUACAACAGCUUCGACCAUUAUAGCACAGAAACUGGAGUGUUCACCUGCCAAAUCCCUGGGGUCUAUUAUUUUACCUACCACAUCACUGUUUUUUCAAGGAAUAUGAGAGUAGCUCUAGUUAAAAACGAGCACAGGAUGCUCCACACUGCAGAUAUGUACCAAGGGGUCGAAGACCAGGCCUCUGGAGGAAUCGUCCUGGAACUUCAGAAAGGGGAUCGGAUAUGGCUGCAGUGUUAUGGAGGAGAGACUUAUAACGGAUUGUAUGCAGAUCCAGAUGAUGACACUGUCUUCAGUGGCUUUCUUCUAUUCGGUACCUCAGAAGCACCAGCAUCUGUGCCCUCCAGCAUAUAA